AUGUCGACGCACAACAUCGUCGUCCUCGGCGGCUCCUUCGCAGGCCUUGGCAUCUCCCACAACCUCCUCCGCCAUGUCAUUCCCCAGCUCCCGGAUUCGUCCAACUACAAGCUCAUCCUUGUCAACCCCUCUGAUCACUUCUACUUCAAGCCCGCUUCUCCGCGGAUGACUUCACGAGAGGAUCUAAUCCCGUUCGAUAAGAUCAUGGUCCCUAUCAGCAAGGGCUUCUCCGGCUACAAGCAGUUUGAGCUUGUCCAGGCCUACGCACGUGCCAUCAGCCCAGAAACCCGGGAGAUCACCAUCGAGCACGUCAAGGCCGAGAAGGGUUCCACCAAGAUCCACUACGAUACCUUGAUCAUCGCUACCGGCGCCUCGUCCAAGUCUCCGCUUUGGAGCCCUGCUGUGCCCAAAGAGGAAACUCAGGCCGCCCUCGCCGAGUUCCGAGACAAGCUCAAGACCGCCCAGAGGAUCGUCAUUGCCGGCGGUGGCGCCGUCGGCGUCGAGACAGCCGGAGAACUCGGCUUCGACCACGGGAAGAAGAAGGACAUCCUCCUCUACUCGGGCUCGACCGGUCUCCUCUCCCGCGUCCGGUCCGACGUCGGCCAGCGGGCCGAGAAGUACCUGAACGACAUGGGCGUCACCGUCGUCCACAACAUCAAGAUCGUCUCCAGUGGCACCGGCCCAGACGGAAAGGAGGCUCUGCACCUCAGCGACGGCUCUCAGACCACCGCAGACCUCUUCAUCGACGCCCGUGGCUCCAAGUUUAACAACGACUUCCUGCCCAACUCGUGGUUGAAUGAGCGCGGCGCCGUCGCUGUCGACGACACACAGAGAGUCACAGCUGCCGGCCCCGGCGCGCGUGUCUACGCUGUUGGCGACAUCGCCUCGUAUUCCUCGGGUGGCAUCAUGGACAUUCAGUUCUCCAUCCCACCGCUCACCGCCGUCAUCGAGUAUGAUCUGACCAACGGAAAGUCCAAGGCACAGCCUACGUACACCGGCCAGACAGCCCAGAGUAUGAUUGUGCCUGUCGGGAGGAAGAAGUCGGUCGGUGUCCUCUUCAACUACUGGCUGCCUAGCUACCUCGGUUACAUGUUCAAGGGCAAGACUUUCUUUGCGGACCAGGGAGUUGGUACCGUCAUGGGAGAGAAGUGGACAAAGAAGAAGACUUACUAG